GUGUUUUGACGCUUCCAUCUCCAUCCCAUCUCGACUCUCCCCCUCCCUCCUGCAUCUCGACCGUCUCACUGGUCCAUCGGAGUUCUGUCGCCCUCUUUCGUUUCUUGCAAAUUCCCGGUCUCUACCUUGGACAUGCAGCGCGCCCUCUCCUCCGCCCCUCGGGCCUUUGCUCGCUCCUCGAGGAUAUCAUCCGGCUCGUUGGUGCAGCAGCGCUUUGCGCACAAGGAGUUGAAGUUUGGUGUUGAGGGACGAGCGGCGUUAUUACAAGGUGUCGAGACUCUUGCCAAGGCUGUGGCGACAACGCUGGGCCCGAAGGGAAGGAACGUUCUCAUCGAGUCGAGCUAUGGCUCGCCCAAGAUUACCAAAGAUGGUGUGACUGUCGCCAAAGCCGUGACCCUCAAAGACAAAUUCGAGAACCUCGGCGCCCGACUCCUCCAAGACGUCGCCAACAAGACCAACGAAGUCGCCGGUGAUGGAACCACCACCGCCACCGUCCUCGCCCGCGCCAUCUUCUCCGAGACUGUCAAGAACGUUGCUGCUGGUUGCAAUCCCAUGGAUCUCAGGCGUGGCACUCAAGCCGCUGUUGAGGCCGUAGUCGAUUACUUGCAGCAAAACAAGCGUGACAUCACCACAUCGGAAGAGAUCAGCCAGGUGGCCACCAUCUCUGCGAACGGAGACACACACAUCGGACAACUCCUCUCAAAUGCCAUGGAGAAGGUUGGCAAGGAAGGUGUCAUCACGGUCAAGGAGGGCAAGACUAUUGCCGAUGAACUUGAGGUCACGGAGGGCAUGAAGUUCGACCGCGGUUACAUCUCGCCUUACUUCAUCACCGACACCAAGUCACAGAAGGUGGAGUUUGAGAAGCCUCUCAUUCUCUUGUCCGAGAAGAAGAUUUCCGCCGUGCAAGACAUUGUCCCUGCUCUCGAAGCCUCGCAACAGCUCCGCAGGCCCUUGGUCAUCAUUGCCGAGGACAUUGACGGCGAGGCCCUCGCUGUCUGCGUCCUGAACAAGCUUCGUGGACAACUGCAGGUUGCUGCUGUCAAGGCACCAGGCUUCGGCGACAACCGCAAGAGCAUCCUUGGCGAUCUCGCGGUCCUGACCAACGGUAUCGUCUUCACCGAUGAGCUCGACGUCAAGCUCGAGAAGGCCACUCCGGACAUGCUCGGCUCUACUGGAUCCAUCACCAUCACCAAAGAGGACACUGUCAUCCUGAACGGCGAGGGCAACAAAGACGCCGUGAACCAGCGCUGCGAGCAGAUCCGUGGCGUCAUGGCCGACCCCUCCACCAGCGAAUACGAGAAGGAGAAGCUCCAAGAGCGUCUCGCCAAGCUCUCCGGCGGUGUGGCCGUCAUCAAAGUCGGCGGUGCCUCCGAAGUCGAAGUCGGCGAGAAGAAGGACCGCAUGGUCGAUGCUCUCAACGCCACCCGCGCUGCUGUCGAGGAGGGCAUUGUUCCCGGAGGUGGCACCGCCCUUCUCAAGGCCGCUGCCAACGCUCUCGGCAACAUCAAGACUGCCAACUUCGACCAGCAACUCGGUGUGUCCAUUGUCAAGUCCGCCAUCACCCGCCCGGCGCGGAUGAUCGUCGAGAACGCCGGCACCGAGGGCUCUGUCGUCGUCGGCAAGCUCAUGGAUGAGUUCGGCAAGGACUUCAACAAGGGCUACGACAGCCAGAAGGGCGAGUACGUCGACAUGAUCGCCAGCGGUAUUCUGGAUCCCCUCAAAGUCGUCCGAACCGCGCUCAUGGAUGCAUCUGGUGUUGCGUCUCUGCUCGGUACGACUGAGGUCGCUAUCGUGGAGGCGGUGGAUGACAAGGCUCCAGCAAUGCCCGGCGGGAUGGGCGGUAUGGGCGGCAUGGGAGGCGGCAUGUUCUAAGCUUGCCGCACCCCACGCCACCUCGCACCCUUCCUUUGAUACCCUCAUCCGCCUCUGAUGUGAAAAGCUAGAUCCGUUUCGAGCCGCUGUUGUGUUAACAGAAACUAAAACUUCUCCCCUCCUCCCUCCUCUGCAUGGCGAGCGUGUCUGGCUGGCUGGGCUGGGCUAGCGGUGUUUUUUGCGAGCUUUGGCUGUAACAUAGUGUCUAGAUAGUAUUGUGCGAAGCAAAAAUGGAAAGUUUAGAAG